AUGGAUGAAAAUGGAUUUGCACACUCUACUUUAGUGAAGGACCAAAGAGACGGGAAUGGGGAAAUCUGUUCACCUAUGCAAGACAGGAAAAGUGAGAUCGGCCUUUUUCUGGAAAGAGGAGGUUUUCAGCCGAAAUUCACCUGCACGGAUGGAGAAGAUGGUUACAAUUACACCGGGAGCAGAAACGCCACGACCGGAUUCGACGAUCAGUGCAAUGUGUUGAACAUCACAUCGAACACUUCAUCCGCGUGUGAAGGUGGAUUUCGCUAUGACGUCGACAGGCACGAGACCAUUGUUGCAGAAUGGGAUUUGGUCUGUGAUAAGGCUUAUCUCUCGGAAGUCUCGCAAGUUCUGUUUACAGUUGGAAUGGCCAUUGGCUCAGUUUUUAUACCACCCGUAGCAGAUCGACUCGGAAGGAAGAGAUCUUACCUGGCCAUACGUUUUGUCGUCAUCUUAUGUAUUUUCGGACUGGCUCUCUCACCAAACAUAUCUGCUUUCAUGGCUCUUCGUCUGAUAACAGGAGCAGUUGGCAUGGGUUUGACCUUGGUGAGGUUCGUGUUUAUAAUGGAGCUCAUUCCUAUCCGCUUCCGACCAGUUGUGACUAUGAUGACCGGGUUAACGUGGGCGGUGAAUCUGUGCAUCCAAACGGGUAUAGCUCAGCUCAUGAAGGGCAUGAACUGGAGAUACUUCCAAGUUGCCAUAUCUUUACCUUCCCUCUCCAUAAUCCUGGAGGUCAUAUUCUUAAAAGAGUCUCUUCUCUGGCUGUCCGCAAAUGGAAAAUUUAAGGAAGCUUCACAAAUCCUGAGGUCAGCCAUGAAGACAAAUGGAAUCAAUGAACAGGAACUCAUGGUUUCCGAAGACGCCAUUCGAAUCGCCGAAGGCGUGAGGGAUUCAUCCGAAAAUAGGAAGGAUAAAUCACGUGAUUACCUAAUGGUUCCAAGCCCAGACACUGUCCAAUCAAAAGACUUUUCAGUAGUGGGGCCGAAAACUGUGUACACAUUUUCAGAUGACGUCAAAAAACCGUCUAAAAGCAGGGGAGAUACCUCAGAUGGUUACCUGAUGGUACCAAGCGCUGACAUUGCCGAUUCAAAGGACAUCGCAGCAGUGAAAACGAAACCUGGACAUAAAAAGCUGAACAUCAAAGACUUGCUGAAAAACAAGUCAACCCGGAAGAUCGUGCCUAUCAUUUGUUUCUCCUGGUUCGUCAACAGUCUAGUGUAUUACGGGAUCUUUCUCAUGUCCUACGCCAUGGCUGGAGACAGAAUUUUAAACUUUUUCUUCAGUGCCUUGGUGGAGAUUCCAUCUUACCUGUUUCUCUACGUCUCUUUCAGAUGGUUGGCACGCAAAAAACUACUGGUGGGGUUACACGGACUGUGUGCAUUUUCCCUGUUGUUGGCUGGUAUCUUCAACUUUACCCUGAUUGGAGAGACCAAAGUUAGGGCCAUGCAAGGGGUAACAUUCAUCGGUAAAUUUGGAAUCUCGGCCACAUUUACCCUGGUAUUUGUUUAUACAACAGAAGUAUUCCCUACCAACUUCAGGACGUCUGGCCUAGGACUGGCGUCACUGUCAGCGAGACUUGGUUCCUUCUUGUCUCCCUUCUCCAGUGUUCUGGUAAGAAAAUUACCUUGGGGCCCAGGUGUAAUAUUUGGAGGACUUUGCCUGGUGCUGACUUUCAUUUUAUUCUUUGCACCGGAAACACGCGGUCGUACUCUCCCACAAUGCCUGGAAGAUAUCGAAGCCUGGGAGAGUGACAAGAAGCAGGGAUCUGUUAGAGAAGAGGAAAAUGCCUCAAAACCUAUUUAA